AUGCCGCAGCCCUUCAUCUCAGCGCAGUGUGGGCUGUACAGCUGCGUAUGCGUCCUGGACCCUCAGGAUCAGUGUGGUGGAGCCCCAGAGCCAAUGAAUCCUGCUACAGCCGAGCCUCUCGUGGAUGCCCUGCCCUCCGACACGCUCGUCAAGCCCAAGCCCGCGAUGGCGGCGCAGGACAUGGCGCCCAUCCUGGAGGAUGACGAGGCCGAAACAGAGGAGAGCGCCCCAGCAGGCCUCCUGCAGACCGGGGGCUCCAGCUCCUCAGUCGCCCCUCCCCGCGCCGCCGCGCCCGCGCCACGCCUGCCCGGCCGGGUGUGGCCUUGGCCGCCGGUGCCGGUGCCCCGGGAGUGCGCAGGUGCUCGCCGGCAGCAUGCGCGGGAUGCCUUCAAUGUGCAGGAGCUCAUCUUUGGUGACGCCUUAGCCCAGCGGGACUUCAGUGACCCUGCCGUGGAAGACAUCAGCCAGCUGCAGAAUGACGAGGCCGCGAAGCUUCUGGGCUGGGGCCGCGGCAGCUUUCGUGCGCAGCUGCGGGACUUACAGGGUCUCUUGCGCGACGUCGAGAGUCGUGAGUACGAG